AUGACUGCUUUUGAAAUUUGAGGCUGGUAGCCAUUUUAGUGUUGGUUUUAAAUCGUUUAAACAAUUUUAUAAGUAUAAUUUUCAAAAGAAAUAUGCCGCUCUUGUCAAAAAAGGCGUUUGCCCUGCCUAAUAAAACCAAAACUCCGUUCAAGGUGCCUUUAUUGACGAAAGAAAAUAUCGAGAAAGUCUUAAAUGCACAAAAUAAAGGAGUUUCGAAAAGAGGAAAGUUUGAUAACGACAAUAUAUCAAACUCCAGUUCAGGUAAAUCUCGAUACAAGAAGAAAACCAUUAGAAAAUCAGUAAGUUUAACGUUAUCCAUCGAGCAAACCAGUUCUCAAACUUCUAAAAAAUCGAACGACACGCCGAAAAUUGUAGAAUCGCCUUCGUUAGAUCAAUCUGCAUCUAAAUUCGAUCAAUCAAUUGACGAUUUGUUCGAUGAUACUCCACAUGAUGAUUCCGGUGUUGCUUCUGCUUUAACGGAGGAAGUUUUAAGUAGACCGGAGGUCAAAGAGAAAUAUUUGAAGCACUGGGAUGAAACUUUUCCCAAAGAGUUGGAAGAUGAUUUUUGGAAGUUCUCGCAAGAAUGGAUUGAAUCAGGUUUAUUAGAUACGAAAAAAGGUAAGAAGAAUGUCAAAAAAGGCAACACCUCUACACCGAAACAGAAAAAAGAAACGACCAAGAAAAAAGCCACACAGAAAAAAAUGUUCGAAAAUCUUUUGAACGAAAAGAAUAAACAUGUAAAGAAACGCAACGAAAAAACCGAUACAACAGGCGGUUCCGAGGACAGUUUAAAGAAAAAUGGAAAAGAAAUAUCUAAAAAAACCGACGGUAAAAUCAAAAGACCGAUAUCGAAAGAAAAUUCUAUUGAAACGGCCGAAGAGUUGUAUGAGAGGAUGAUGAAAAUUCAAGAAUCUCGAAACGUUGGUUUGUACGUUUACUGCGAUUCGUGUAACAAAACCAGAUAUUUGCCGGAUACUAAAGAUCCCUUAGAUUUACCCCCAAAAUGGUAUUGCAACAUGAACCCGGAUCCGGAGCACAACAAGUGCACCGAUCCCGAGGUGGUCGUGGAGGACGAAGAAUUUUUGAUACACAACUUGUACAACGCCGGUAGCAUAGUGUGGGCCAAAAUGGACGGGUUUCCGUGGUGGCCGGCCAUGGUCGAGGACGAUCCAGAUACAGAGGAUUAUUUCUGGUUGGAAGGGGAUUCAUUGGAACCGACUUGGUACCACGUGACUUUUUUCGAUUCGUACGAGGUGUCGCGCGCUUGGAUGCGACCUUUGCAUCUCAAGCCGUUCCAAGCGAACAUGAAAAAUCCCGUAAUCCAGGAGAAAAAAAGAACCAACCAGUACAAAACUCGAUUGGGCGUCGCCGUCAAGCAAGCUGGCGACGCAUGCGCGAUGCCUCUGUUGGAACGGUUGCGCACGUACAGCUUCAUAAAACGGUAUAAAAAACCAUUAGUUUCGAAAAAUAAGAAAACUAUUGUACGUAAAAAUUCGGCUACAAAGAUUGGAAAUAAGAAAAUUGGAGAAAAGAAACGUAGAAGAGUGAUUCGUAUCGAGUCUUCAGAAGAUUUUGUUGACGACAGUGACGAAAUACCUGUGGAUGUAGAUAAAUUAUUGGAAAAUCUAACUUCCGACAUUAAUAAUUUGUUUCCUUAAAAAGUAUUCCACAUAAUUAAGUUGAAUUAAAAAAAGAAAAAACGUUUUAUUUAUAUAAGAAUAUACAUUUUGUGUUAUUUUAGAGUUUCAUAAUAUUGAUUUGUAGUUAUAAUAAAAAUUUGUUAUUG